AUGGAUGUGGAGAAGCAGCAGCGUCUUCUGGACGAUGUGGAACGUCGCCUCAUGCUCUGCGAGGAGGCCGUUGGCAUGGACCCGGCAAAACAGAAAGCCAUGGCGGCGCUAGGGAUGAAGAACAUGCAGGGAACGGACUUCCACAUGUCGCUCGUCAUGAACAUUUGCCGACUCCACCAUCAGGCGAAUCAGCUUUUCCGCGGAAAUCUUUUUGAAAUGGAGGAGCGAUAUGAACAAAUGAAAGUGUGGCUCGAGAACGAGCAAUCGGCGGCGGCUAACCUCCUCAUGACGCUCGAGGCGAAGCGGGCCUACGUCCUUCAACACGAAGAGAUGCUCAAGUCAACGGCGGGGCAGCUGCGCCAGCUGCAGGAACUGGAGCAGUUUGUGAACCCCCCGCAACUGGCGGAGUUGGACAUUUUCAAAGAACGGCUGAAGAAUUUGGACGAGAAGGGCAACGAACUGACUGAAAGAGCGAUGCGACUCCAGGGCAAAAUCAUGAAUAUCGCGCAAGUCUACAACACCACGAUGAAUAUGCUGGCUAGUGUCUUUGAGGAAUGGCAUGAGGAACUGACAGACGAGGAAACUAAGAACGCCCAGGCACUAAGAUGA